AUGGGAAAUCACAGGUUCAGAUUAUCAGAUAUGAUGCCAAAUGCCUGGUUUUACAAGCUCAAAGACAUGAGCAAAACCAGAAACCAUAACACAGACAACAAAAAGAUGCCUUCACCAACCCAAAAUGCCCCAAAGCCACCCUUAUCACAGCCAAGAAAAUCCUACUACUUCACCACAGAAUCCACCAAAGUCGAAAAACUCUGUACCUCAUCCAAGAAUCGAAAACCCUUAGAUCCACCAAGGAAAUCAUCAAAGAAAAGAACAAAGAGAAAGACUGUGUACAAGCCUUCUCCAAGACAAAUUAGCCCUUCUGUUGGCAACUACCAAGAGUCAGAGAACUCAUUCAGGCAUAAGGUCGAACAGUUUCAGGACUAUUUUGAGUGCUCUGCUGUCAGUUCUACUGACAUGGAUUUCCUUAAAUCUCCCACAUCUGAAUUUGAUUAUGACACCCUAGAUGCUCCUCCAUCGGUAAAUGGAGUUGCAUCGUUGUCGGGUUCAGGCAGUUGUACUUUUAAUUCUUCGGGUACCGAUAUCAUCAUAGACAUGGAUGAAAAGCUGCGCGCAUUGGAAAUUGAGGAAACAGACGAAUUCUUUAACAUGAUAUCAGAGCCAAAACUUUCCCCAAUUCUCACAAAACCCACAAAAUUCAACACCAUGCAGACAUUUCAUGAACAAGAUCUUUUCCAGAUCAGGGAUUCUUCAUUCUCCGAUGAAACCGAAACUCAUUGUAAUAAUAAACAUACUCUCACAACCCGAAAAUCUACAUCGCGUUCUCCAGGAGUGAAGAUCCGCGGCAAUUCGCCAAGACUAGCAAACAAGAAAAUCCAAGGGAACCGAAAGAGUGUAUCAAUGAGCAGGCGUUUAAAGGCUCAGAAGCAGAAGAAGGAAUUAUACACUGAGAGCGUUGCAAUCGUGAAGGCGUCAUUUGAUCCUGAAAAAGAUUUCAUGGAAUCCAUGAUGGAAAUGAUAGUAGAAAACAAUAUCCGGGCAUCCAAGGAUUUGGAAAAUCUUCUUGCUUGUUAUCUUUCUUUAAAUUCAAAUGAAUAUCAUGAUCUUAUCAUAAAGGCGUUUGAGCAAAUCUGGUUCGACAUGCCUCAGCUUCAAUCGUAG